GAACAAUAAAAAUCAUGAACAAUUGAUCGGGUUUGAAUAAAAACUCGACUUGUAUUAUUCAAUUUAAAUUGAAUUGAUAUGGAGUUUGAAAACGCUGUUAUUAAGACAUACCAAUGGCAGAUUCAUGCAAUCAAAACUAGUUCAUUUUCGUCGUUUUAAGCGUAAACAGCGUCGUGUUAUAAUGAAUCGCAUAGUGGAAAUCGAUCGAAAAGAUUUACAGAUUCUAAAGAAUCUGUAUACUCCGGACAGUUCAAAAAAUUAUACUACUUACACAACAAUCGCUAACUACAUUCGCUGGUUUGAGCAAGAUCCAAAUAUGAAUCACAUAAAAUUUUUCUGUUUAAAUGGCGAUUUUUCCGAUGGCACCUUUGUAGUGACUGAUCAAUUUGGGGCGUAUGCAGACACAUUUAACGAGUCUCAUGAAAACCUUUCACAGCUCCUGCAACUGCUUGAUUAUUCAAAAGAUUAUUUUUUCUUCAGCAUACGCCCUUCAAUUCGUCCAACACUUAAAGAUGCACUUCGAAAAUCAAAUGUCGACGUUGGUCAUUAUAGCACAACAUUGCUCUAUCGCUUAUCGAAAGAAGAUGCACUUAAAUUUGAUACUCAACCACCAGCAGGCAUUCAGUUACGACCAAUGACAGAUUCACAGGAUUUGGAGAAAGCUAAUUCAUGUUGGCUGCAUCGAUGGUCAGAUUCGCUUGCAUUUAUCCAACGAAUAGCCAAAUUUAAUCCAAGCGUCGGAGCAUUCAGAGACGAUGAUGGAACAUUAGUUGCCUGGAUUUUUCGCAUUCAAACGGGAUUCCUCGGAAUUUUCCAAACGGAUGAAAAUUACUGUCGCCGGGGGUAUGGUGGAUUAGUUCUUAGGUGCAUUUCAAAGAAAAUCGCUGAAUUGGGUCAUGAUGUUUAUGCAAGUAUUAAUGAAGAAAAUACGGUUUCACGAUCGCUAUUCGAAAAAUAUGGAUUUAAAACAAAUGAAAAAGCUAACUGGAUUCCAACCAAAAUGAAUAAAACUUCGUCUAAUGAAUAAAACUCAAUGCAUCAAAAAUAAUUCACCAAAUAAAAAUUAUAUCUGAUUUUUGAA